AUGACUGCCGUAGCAUUCACUGGUGUGAAAAACUUAGGAACAAAUGCGCGCCCGUCCAAGCUGAGGGCGAAGCUGUGCAUCGCCGCCAUCUGGUGCGUGUCCGGCGCGCUGGCGGCGCCGAUGGCGGCCGCGCUGCGCGUCGUCGUCGUCACGGAGACCGUCGGUGAGCGCGUGGUGACGAAGCCGUUCUGCAUCAACGUGCACCUGUCCAACGAGGCGAUGAUGUCGUACCGCAUGGUGCUGUUCCUGGUGCAGUACCUGACGCCGCUGUGCAUCAUCUCGUACGUGUACGCGCGCAUGGCGCUCCGCCUCUGGGGCUCCAAGGCGCCCGGCAACGCGCAGGACACCCGAGACGCCACGCUCAUGAAGAACAAGAAGCGGGUGAUCAAGAUGCUGGUAAUCGUGGUGACGCUGUUCGCAGUCUGCUGGCUGCCACUGCAGACUUACAACGUCCUCCAAGACGUCUUCCCAUACAUCAACGAAUAUCACUACAUCAACAUCAUUUGGUUUUGUUGCGACUGGUUGGCCAUGAGCAACAGCUGCUACAACCCGUUUAUCUACGGAAUUUACAAUGUAAGUCGUAUUUGUUUACAGACAUAA